UCUUGUGAUAAAUUCGGCAUUGUAAUAACGACCCAUAACAGCAUUUAAUGAGUUUAAAUCACUUUGAAAGCUGCUUCACUGCAGAAAAUCCUUCAGUAAUCUGGCACAGGAAGCAACAGCCCCCUCCAAAAUUAAAAAGUUAUUUGUUUUAUAUGUGAGCUCAUUAUUUAAACAAAUUAAGAAUUAAAAAAGGACAAACUCUUGUUGUUUAAAUGAAGUUUGUAGAGUUCUAACUCUUCCUGGCAUUAAGUCAUCUUUAAAUUAACAUUUUAUUGAACAGAGUCUGGUGUGUGCGUCUUUGUCCUUGUCCAGGUGAAAUGAGAUCCAACCCGUUCCCCUGCGUCUUUACCGCCUCAACCUGCUCACGGUGUCAUCACCUGCAACAAUGACGCUGCAGUGUGCGUGUCACGCGUUAAUUCACCUCUGCCGGCUUGUAAACGCAUUAUGAGGAGCGUGCGUGAUGUUUAACGUCAUGCACCAGGGUCGGAAAUACGUCCCCACGCGGCGCUCGGUCACGGACGACUCUCCGUUAACCGUGCGCGCUGUUCAUAUCAGCAAAUCCCCCGAGACUACCUGGCCGCCACCGGGUGCCAGGAUGCGGAUCUCCAAAGCCAACAAGGGCGCGGUGUUGGUGAGAGCUGUCCGCCGGCAUCCGUCUCCUCAACCGGCCAGCCUUGAGAGCCUGGAGGCGGCUUGGAGCGAGAGAGGACACCCGGAGGACAAUCCACCGGAGAGUUCACCGAGUCAUGAGAGCAGGAACGGCGAGGCGGAGGCAGCCGGGAACGGGAUGGAAGGUCACGGCGGAGGGCCAGUGCGCAGCAGGAAGAAAGGGUUCAGACCUCCCGAUGUGAGGACCAUCUUCACCCCGGGAGAGAGAGACCCCAGGGUGAAAGAGGAGUCCGGGGAGGGGCACGCCUUUGAGCCCGGAGGGGAGAACACCUGGUGUGAUGUCUGCUGCUCCUACAUCUUCCAGCAUGGACUCACCUGUGCAGGUUGUAAGUACGCGUGUCACGCAGCGUGCCGGGAGCGAGUGUCACUGGACUGUCAUCCUGCAGCUUCACCGGUCAGUCAGGACCAGCUCAACAACAACAACACACCACCUCAUGUGUUUGCUCUAUAA